UGUAUAGAUCAAGUGGAUAUAAGAUGUGACUAUUUAAUAAUUUAAUAAUAAUAACACUUAUGUUCCAUUCCGAUGUUCCAAUAAUGUAGAAUAAGUAGUAAGGACUAUGUGAAGAUCAGAAUAGGGUAACACUUGAAUUAAGAGAGACAAUUGGAAGCAGACGUGAAAAAGCUAAGCUGAACAGAAAUUAAAUAAAAUAAAAACUCAAGAAUUGAAAUAAAUAAUAUAAACCUGCAUCAACAACUUCAGAAGUGGGAUAGUCCCAUUAAUACAUUCGCCUACAUAGCCAUACCUGAGAGCACACAUUUUUUUUCCGCUUUUAUAAUUACGACGCCAUUCUGAAAUGGACAAGACACAAAUUGGUGAGUGGCUACAAGCCAACGAAAUCGAGUUCCCUGCAAGUGCAACUUUAAGGCAAUUGCGCAUGCUCGCUUUUGAUGCUGGAUACCAAGAAGUGGCUGAAAUCCCAGAAAGCAUAUUGGUGGAGGAGAACUCCAAAAUGGAAGUAUUAAGCCAAGGAGCCGCUACCGAAGGCAUCCAGACAUUGGAAGAAGAAGACGCACUGCUUGACGCCGCCAUAAGGGUUGCUGAGAAGAAGAAAAUAUUGGCCGGAUUGAUGAAAAACGUCGACAAAACGACAGAUGACCUCCAAAUGGUGGUUUUCUGCCACUGAAAAUGAGGAAGCCCUUAAGUGGAUUUUGAAUUUUGAGAGAGUCUGCAGAGAUAUCAACACAUGUACAAAUUUUCAACUGCGCUGCGUACGAAUGUUGAUGAAAUCGGGUACAGAUGCCGACUUGUUUGUGAGUGUUGAUCGAUCGAACACUUACGACGAAUUUAAGACAAAUUUCAUAAAAACAUUCGGUCGUGGAAGCUCAACUGCUGAUAUUGUAUUGCUACUUAAGGAAACCAUGUUCAACCCCGCGAAGAACACCGUUAUGGGAUACAUACUUCUGAUGGAGGAAAUUGCUAUGCGUGCAAAUAUUGACGAAAAAUUGACAGUGCAGUUCGUCAUUGAUCGUUUUCGCGAUCGUUCAGCCAAUAUCGCUAUAUUGUACACAGCAACAACAAUCGCACAAUUGAAGGAAUUGGCUUGGAAGUAUGACAAUCUAAGGAAGAAGUCACACAAUUUUCCUCAGCGCAUGGAAAAUACUGGAGGAGAUCGGAAAACAGUCCGGUGCUACAAUUGCUCUGCUCAUGGGCACUACGCUUCGUCGUGCACUGCGCCGAAACGCGAGAAGGGAUCUUGUUUCCGUUGUGGAUCCCUCCGACAUAUGCUAAAGGAUUGUCAGCAGAAGCCAGCAAGUGAUCCGAGAGUGGUGGGAGCAGCCAACAACCAGCCGAUACGAGAUGACGAAGAGGAGCCUAAUAUGUUUAUUCCGAUUUUUAACCAGCGCCAUUAAUUUAAUUCAGCACUCUGCGAUUCCUUAUAAAAACUUUAGCGAUAUACUGGUCCCGACGAAUUACUAUGGAGUUAAUGGAUUUAAAAUUAAAACAUUCGGAAAAAUUUUUGUCAGGCUCGUUUUUCAAAACAUAGAAGAAGAAAUUUCAUUUUUUGUUGUACCCAAUAAUUAUGUUUCAACUAAUGUUCUGUUAGGCCGUAAGUUUUUUGAGAAAUUUGGAAUAAAAUUGAUUUCUAAGGAUAAGGUAAAAGAAAUUGUAGAAGUGAAUUUAUUUAAGGAUAGUGAACCAUUGAAAAUAGUGAGUAUUGAACCAAUAAAUAGACUUCAGAAUAGUGAAACAUAUAGAGACAGUGACCAUUUAGAAAGCAGUAGAGACUUAGAAGAGUUGUGUAUAGAAAAUGAAAUAGUUAGUGACGACAGCAUUCCGUAUAUAUAUAGUAUUGAUGUAUUUCAGGAUGAUGAAAGUUUUGACAUUGACCCGAAGUUAAGUGAUGAAGAUCGAAGCGAACUCAGUGAAAUAAUAAGAUUGAAUUACUUAUGUUUAUCUAACAUCCCAGCGAUCCAACAUAGUUAUAAAAUGAGGCUAAGACUUAAGUCUGAAGAACCGGUACGCACUGUACCAAGAAGACUUUCGUAUCAGGAGAAGAAAGAAGUAGAUUCAAAAAUUGAUGAGUUAUUGAAAAAAGGAUUCAUAAGAGAAAGCAAUUCACCCUAUAGUUCCGCUAUCGUUCUUGUUAAGAAAAAAUGUGGAGAAAAGCGUAUGUGUGUAGAUUAUAGACAACUUAAUAAGAUAACCGUUCGAGACGGAUACCCCAUUCCCCUCAUAGAUGACUGCUUAGAGAGAUUAGAAGGAAAUAAGUAUUUUACAUUGUUAGAUUUGAAAAAUGGAUACCAUCAAGUGAAAGUAGCAGAAAGUUCCGUGCAGUAUACAGCAUUUGCAACACCUCCCGGUCAAUAUGAAUAUACAAGAAUGCCUUUCGGACUCAUGAAUGCACCCGCAGUAUUUAUGAGAUUUAUUAACUUUAUUCUACAACCUUUGAUUCGCGAAGGAAAUGUAGUAGUUUAUAUAGACGAUAUUGCUAUAGGCUCGAAAACAUUGAACGAACAUUUUAAGAUUGUAGGAAGAGAAUUACGAAUUUUAGCAGAGUACCGAUUGGAAAUUAAAAUAAAUAAGUGCCAGUUCGCUUACAAAAGCAUUGAAUUUUUAGGGUAUACACUGAGUGAAAAAGGAAUAAGUCUGAAUUAUGAGCACACAUCAACUAUUAAACAUCUUCCGAUACCAAAAGAUCGCCAUGGAAUGCAGAAAUGUUUAGGACUAUUUUCUUACUUUAGGAGGUUUAUUCCGGCAUACUCAAAAAUAGCAAAGCCAUUGCAAGAGCUCACAAAAGCAGGUGUUAAGUAUGAACUUAGUGAGGAUUGUAUAAAAACUUUUGAAUAUCUUCGUGACAAAUUAAUUUCAUCUCCCAUAUUAUCCUUGUACAACCCAAAUCGAGAGACUGAAUUGCAUUGCGACGCAAGUAGCGAGGGAUUUGGAGGAUUUUGUUGCAAAAGCAGGAUGAUAAUAAGUUUCACCCAAUAGCCUAUUUUUCACAAAGAGCAACAAAACUAGAAGCUAGAUAUGAAAGCUUUAAAUUGGAAACAUUAGCUGUAGUUUAUUCAUUACGAAAAUUCCGUUUAACAUAGUAACAGAUUGUAAUGCAGUAGUUUUGUGCCUAGGGAAAGGACGCCUUAACUCGAGCAUUGCCAGAUGGGCUUUAGAAUUGGCUAAUUACAAUUAUACCCUUAAGCAUCGUAGUGGAAAAUAUAUGACUCAUGUUGAUUCAUUAAGUAGAUACCCUUCAGCCUUAAAUGAGAGUUUUGAAUAUGAACCAGUAGUAAAUAUCCAAAAUAGUGACAACAAAGAUCAAAUAGUUUCAGUAAUUGACAGUGACGACAUCAACCUUCAGCUUCAGAUAACGCAAAAUAGAGAUAGUAUUAUAGUGAAAUUGAAAGAACAAUUAGAACAAGGAAGUGUGAAGAACUUUAUAUUAAGCAAUGGAAUUGUUUAUAGAUUAGGUGAGAAUGAUAUUGAAUUGCUAUAUGUACCAGCUGAAAUGGAAUCCCAUAUAAUUAGGAGGGUUCAUGAAAAUGUAUGUCAUUUAGGUUCCGAGAAGUGCUUAAAAGAAAUAAUGAGACACUAUUGGUUUCCGAACAUGCAAGCUAAAAUAGAUGCAUUUAUUGGAAAUUGCUUAAAGUGUAUCAUGUUUACGGUACCCACACAUGCGAAUAAUCGAACACUUCAUAAUAUACCUAAGCGACCAAUUCCGUUUGAUACAUUACACAUAGACCAUUUUGGACCUUUACCUUCAGUUAUAUCGAAAAAGAAACAUUUGCUAGUAAUUAUUGAUGGAUUUACCAAAUUUGUUAAGUUGUAUCCAGUGAAUUCAACGAGUACAAAAGAAGUCAACAUGUGAUUUUCGAAAUAUUUUCGAUACUAUAGUCGACCACGUAGAGUUGUAAGUGAUAGAGGUACAUGUUUUACGUCAUUAGAAUUUGCCAAAUUUUUAUUAGAAAAUAAUAUCGAACACGUUAAGGUAGCAACUGCGUCACCUCAAGCGAACGGACUGGUGGAGAGACUAAAUAGGACAAUAAAAGCGAUGCUGGCCAAGAUAACUGAACCAAUUAAGCAUGAAGACUGGAGCAAACUUUUAGAUAGGGCCGAAUAUGCCAUUAAUAAUUCAAUGCAUUCAACUACAAAGGAAUUACCCUCAGUAUUAUUAUUUGGAGUUCAGCAGAGAGGUUGCAAUAUUGACGCAUUAACAGAAUACUUAGAUGAUAGAAAUGAUAUACCACAGAGUGAUUUAGAAAAUGUGCGUAAGAAUUCUUCAGAUAAAAUAGAACAGUGCCAGAAAAGGAGCAAAGAAUAUUUUCAGAAAAAUCAUAAAGAUCAUAUAGAAUUUGAGGAAGGCGAUUUUGUUGUAAUGCGAAACAUUGACACCACAAUUGGUACAAACAAAAAGUUUGUACCAAAGUACAAAGGACCAUAUAUCGUUAAAAAGAUAUUGCCAAACGAUAGAUAUGUCAUAAGUGAUAUUGAAAAUUGUCAAAUUAGUCAAAUUCCCUAUGAAGGAAUUGUAGAAGCAUGUCGGAUACGAAAAUGGGCAGAUUGGCGUAAUCAGUGUGAAAUUAACUCCUAAUAUAUGCUAAAUUAAUUUUAUUAUAUAUCAUAACUAGUCAAAAUUAUUACUAACUAUAACAUAUAAUAUUAAGAAAAACUUUUAUAAUAUUAAAAACCCACGAUCGAGGACGAUCUAAUUGUCAGGAUGGCCGAGCUGUUAGCAGUAUAUUGGAAGCUGUAUAGAUCAAGUGGAUAUAAGAUGUGACUAUUUAAUAAUCUAAUAAUAAUAACACUUAUGUUCCAUUCCGAUGUUCCAAUAAUGUAGAAUGAGUAGUAAGGACUAUGUGAAGAUCAGAAUAGGGUAACACUUGAAUUAAGAGAGACAAUUGGAAGCAGACGUGAAAAAGCUAAGCUGAACAGAAAUUAAAUAAAAACUCAAGAAUUGAAAUAAAUAAUAUAA